AUUAAGCAUGGUUGGGAAAGUCGCAGCUGGCUUUGUUAUAUUCCGAAGGAAAGCCGCGGCAGUUGAGUAUCUACUUUUGCAAACUUCAUAUGGGAUUCAUCACUGGACACCACCUAAAGGGCAUGUUGAUCCAGGUGAGACGGAGCUUGUCACUGCGUUUCGAGAAACUUGGGAGGAAGCUGGCCUUGAGAAGACAGAUUUAAAAAUCUUUCAAGACUGCGCUAAAAUUUUACAUUACAAUGUCAAUAAUAAACCAAAAACUGUACAUUAUUGGCUAGCGGAGUUGAUAAAUCCCAAUGCGGAUGUCAAAUUAUCGCAUGAGCAUCAGGCUUACAAAUGGCUUCCUUUGAAGGAAGCUUGUGAUUGUGUAGGAUAUAAGGACAUGCAAGAUGUUUUAGUGCAAUUUGAAAAAUAUUUAGCAAAAUAAAAUUAUUACACCCUU